AAGGACAGUAAUCAGGAGGCGUUAGGACCCAGCGGCAUGGCGCCAGUCUGCAGACAGACGUGCGGUAAGGAACGAGCGCGGCUGCGGUGCUGAGGCAGGAGGCUGGAGGACGGGCGACUCUCAGCAUCAUCUUCAUCACCACCACCACCACCACCAGGUGGAGGCUCAACAGUUUGUGUUCUUCUGACAUCACGACGACCAGUGCCUGUUGUUGGUCCAGGAAAUCUCUCUCCUCCUUGCUCAACCAAUCAGCAACAUACUGAUACACAUCAUGUGUGACUGUGAAGAUUUGUGAGGAGGACGUCAGAACCUGUGUGAGCAUCUCUGACCCACUCUUCUCUGUCAGCCUCUAUUAAAUCACAGCCCUUAGAGCAUCAUGGGAGGUGUGGCGGUGGACGAGGAUGCAGGGGGGGUGAAGGCCCCAGAUGGAGGGUGGGGCUGGGCAGUGCUGGCAGGCUGUUUUGUCAUCACAGGCUUCUCCUACGCUUUCCCUAAAGCAGUCAGCGUGUUUUUCAAGGAGCUGAUCAGGGAGUUCGGGGUGGGAUACAGCGACACUGCCUGGAUCUCCUCCAUACUGCUGGCCAUGCUCUAUGGCACAGGUCCUCUGUGCAGUGUGCUGGUGAACCGCUUCGGCUGUCGCCCGGUCAUGAUGGUGGGCGGCCUGUUUGCCUCUCUGGGAAUGAUCCUGGCCUCCUUCUCCACCAGCAUCAUCCACAUCUACCUCACUGCUGGAGUCAUCACAGGUCUGGGGUUAGCCCUGAACUUCCAACCAUCUCUGAUUAUGCUCAACCGCUACUUCAGUGAGAAGCGCCCUCUAGCCAAUGGGCUAUCAGCUGCAGGAAGCCCUGUGGCCCUGUGCUGCCUCUCGCCACUCGGCCAGGUCCUCCAGUACCAGUACGGAUGGAGAGGGGGCUUUCUCAUCUUGGGUGGCAUUCUACUCAACUGUUGUGUGUGCGGAGCCUUAAUGAAGCCUCUGGUCGCCCCCAAGGCGAUAAAAGCUAAAGAACUGGACCAGGACAACAAGGAGGGAACAGAGGAGGCUGAGAAGGAGAAAAAGAAGCCUAAAGCUAAGCUGCUGGACUUCUCUGUGUUUAAAGACCGUGGAUUCCUCAUCUACACUGUGGCAGCAUCCAUCAUGGUGCUGGGGCUGUUUGUGCCUCCCGUGUUUGUUGUGAGCUAUGCUAAGGAGCUCGGGAAUGAGGACACCAAAUCGGCUCUGCUGCUCACUAUCCUGGGCUUCAUUGACAUUUUUGCUCGGCCCACGUGUGGCGUGAUUGCCGGACUGAAAUGGGUGCGGCCUCGUUGCGUCUACCUCUUCAGCUUUGCUAUGAUCUUCAAUGGAGCCACUGACCUCAUCGGAUCACAGGCCAAGGACUAUUCAUCGUUGGUGGUUUUCUGCAUCUUCUUCGGCAUCUCCUACGGCAUGGUGGGUGCGCUGCAGUUUGAAGUUCUCAUGGCAAUAGUCGGUACUGAGAAGUUCUCCAGCGCCAUCGGCCUGGUCCUGCUCAUGGAGGCCAUUGCUGUGCUGGUGGGGCCACCUAGUGCAGGCCGGCUUCUCGACGCCACCAAGAACUACAUGUAUGUCUUCCUGCUGGCAGGAAGUGAGGUGGUCCUCUCAGCUCUGGUUCUGGCUACUUGUAACUUCCUGUUUAUCAAAAAGAAGUCCUCGGUGCCAGCAGACAAGCUCAAGAACAUCACAGUGACAGACGACGCCAAGGCGGAGGUGUGCAGCGAACUUGCAGAGAUGACUGACGAGGAGGAGAAAGGUGCAAGAGAGGAGCAAGAGAAGGAGGCAAAGAAGGAGGUGAUAAAGGAGGAGGAGGAGGAAGAGGAGAAAGACAAUAAGAAAAUAGAGGAGGUCAGGCCAGAGAGCGUUACAGUGGACGUACAGGAAGUGGAAAGGUUCUUGAAAGAGCCACAACAAAAUGGUGACGUAGCCACGUGUCCUGAAACAUGCCUGUGAGGAUGGAUGAGCUUAUACCUGCAGCCUCGGCUCGUUCCUUUUUUAAAGUAACCCUCCAUCACGAUGAAGAGUACUACUUCUAAUGAGGACUGGAUAGACGUGCUUCCCUCAUCAUUCAGUGUUUAAUCAGGUGUUUGUGUCUGUGGUUUGCAGAGGGGCCUGAAUGGAGUCACGGCCACAUGAAAUCGUAAGCAACGUCAGCAAUGUUCUAUCACUAGAUGUUUUCAAAUGUGGUUACUAAUAGCUAACAAUAUACAGCACUGCCUUGUGUACACAGUUUGUAAUAAUAAAAUAUUUAUUUUGAUGUAGUCACCAGCAAAUAAAGGUUAGGGGUCAUUCUUUAUUCUUACUGUCAACAAAUGCCAUGAAAAGAACUACAGAUGAAAACCAGCUUUUAGCUAUAUCUAGUGCAACACAUGUUCACAAAGAACAACCAGUUUACCAUGAAUAAUUCAUAGAUAUGGAUUGAUGUUGCUGUUUUUAAAUGCUGGUGUGAACACGACUUCAUAAAUAUUUGUCUAUGGUAUUUCAUUCCUCUGAGCCACAGAGCUGUGUCCCAAUGCAGAAAAUACUUACUAUAGCACCAAUUGUGUAUUCAUCCACAGUCGAAACUAGUCCUCAGCAAAUGCACUAUUUACUCCUGUUAGAGUUACAUUUCCAAAGCGACUACAGAGCCCAUCUGUUGAGGAGGAAAUCGUGUUAAAUGUAAUAUAAUAUAUAUCAAAGUUGUUUUCUAAAGAUUUACCUCUGCACUAGGAACCAAUGGUUGGUGAAAUCACAUGGAGAAGUCUUUUCGUUGGAUCUGUUGGCAGUAAAAAAAUAUAGACUUAUGGCUGCCUUAUCCUUUAAAAACAAAAGGCUGCUUUUUUUCUUACAACAUGUUGUAAAGAGUCAGAACAGCUUAGCUGUAUAUGUAAGAACACCUUUCUAUGGAUGCUUCAAAUGGUACGUGUUUGCUGUGAUCCCCUGACUACGUGGUGUCUUCGAAGCCUAAAAGCCUUCCCUCAUGGUGUGUGCUGUCAGUGACGGCAGGUUAGAUGUUUAAGUGAGAAGUGGUUUCUGUCGUAUCAAUAUUAAAUGGUUGCUACGUGUAUGGAGUGUCAGUGUUGUUUGAAGAUUGUUGCUGGUCUUGUGGUUGCUUUGAAAUUAUAAGCAAGGUCCAAAUACUCUACACUUCUUUGUUAAGGUCUAAAUCACUUUGUUACAUGACGUUACAGUCUUUUAGAUUACUUUCACUAACAGACAGUGUGUGUAACUCUGUUAACUGCUGAUAUCAAGCUUUUGUGGGGUGAUAAUGUGCAGUUGUCUCAAAAAAGUUCACAUUUUGGUAUAAGAGUUACACAAGAUCAAGUAGUAGAGAGUCAGUAUCCUUUAGGAUGGGUUGACAGAUUGCUGCAGAGGAAAUGUCACUAAACUGACUGCAAGAUUACUUUGUCCUCACACUCAUACAUGCUUCGUCUUGUCUGUACUGUUCUGUGUGUUUUAUUAAAGGGAAAUUUAGUUUAUUUAAAACUUUGCUUGUUUUCAGCCUCAUAGAAGUUGCAAUAUAGAAUGUAAUCUGUCAGGUCAGGUCGUAAAAUAACUGAAAUUACCUUUAAGAUGAAAAACUAUUUACUACUUGCAACGCAUUAGGUUUUGGUAGACUGUCCUGAUAUGAGGCUCUCUUUAACAUGUGCCACUCACUGCACUUGCCUCAUUCAACAUUGUGCAUGUUCAAAGCAUCACUAAUCAACAAUUUUAAUUAUCAAUAGAUCAAAUUAAUAUGUGUAAUGUAAAAGAAAUUAAUGGUGGUGCAAGCCAGUCUUGAGGGAUUUAUUGGGAUAUCCUGAUAAUAAGGUAUUGCAAUAAUUAAGUCUAGAAUUAACAAAUGUGUCCUUGAAGUUUGUUUAAUUUGGGUGUUAAUGGACAUAUCCUGAUUCCCAUCUAGAAUAACUUUAGAUAUAGUGUUUCGGAAGUGUUUGGGACUUCAGAACUUCAGUUUAACAUCAGAAAAUUGCAACUUAUCCAGAUUUUAAUAUCAUUAAGGCAUGCUUGAAGUUUAGCUAACUGAUUGGUUUCAUCUUGAUCUGUUUGAUUGAUAAAUAUAAUUGGGUAUCAUCUGCAUAACAAUGCAGUUAAUCAAUGAUCCUGAAUAUUUCCCAAAGGAAGCAUAUAUAAAGUGAACAGAACCUGGUGGAAUCCAGUUAGUCGAUCAUUUUCAGGGAAACUGCUCAUAAUAUAACACAACAGCUGAGCCAGUGAUGCAUCUAUCAGUAUCCAUGGUGAUGAUGACACCUUACAUGAAGACUUCAUGUGGGGUGUCAUCCAUCACUCAGCGUAGGAAAGAGCUGUUCUCAUUUUUUCAUUUUUCAGAGGAGCCGGUCAUCAGAACAAUCUACCAAAACAAUUUCGAUUCUUUAACAAACCACCUGCAAUAACUGCUGGAUAACACAUUAACUUUUAUUUUUUUAAUGGUUUUUAAUGCUUCUAGAUGAAUAGUCAUUGAAUAUUUGGUAUUUUAUUUUCAGAUGUUAUAGAGUAUUUUAUUCUAAUGUAAGCUAAAUAUCAUGCUUUUGUCUUCUCUUAUAAAAACUCACUGUGAUUUGAA